UUGCACUCAGCUCAUUCGCAGAGUUACUCUUGUUCUGAAAACAGCUCCAUACAGUAUAACAGCAGCAGCAGCAGCAUGGACCCGAGGAGCCUGGCUUUACUUACCCUUCUACUGGGGACUAUCUGCUUCUCUGACGAGAAACCAGUCAGCCUGACUUACCGAUGUCCCUGCAGAUACUAUGAAAGCAACGUUGCCAAGAGCAACAUCAAGCACCUGAAGAUCCUUUCCACCACCAACUGCUCUCUGCAGGUUGUGGCUCGUCUUAAGCACAAUGGGAGACAGGUUUGCUUGGACCCCAAGACUAAAUGGAUCCAGGAGUACCUUGAGAAAGCUAUGAACAAGAGGGUGAAAACUUAAACUCCUCUUCGGAUACUGGCUCAGAGGACACUUUGUGAAACUUCUCCAGCACUAAUUCCUGGCAACUCCUCCAUAGGCUUCCAACUGCACAUAGAACUCCAGAUCAUACUUUGCUUUUUAUAUAUCUAUUAUAUAUAGCAACAGACGCAAGAUGCUUGUCAUUCUGGCACUGGUGGCAGAAUGGUUGGUUGCACUGAUUUGUGAACUUUAAGUCAAUUUCGUUUGCUGUUUUCACUUGGGGUUUUCACUGAUGGCUUUCAAAAAAGUAGGAAAGUGGAGAGCAGUCAGUGAUAAAGGACACCAACAGGUGGCAAUGUAUUUGACUUGGUAACUUACCUCUUGGAAUUAAGGGCACAGGAAAAGUGUAAUUCAAUUUACUAUAUAAGAAAACAUUGCACUUCUAAGUUGUGUUAUCGGAUGAAGGAAUUAACUAUAUUACUGGCAUGGGUAAUAAGAAUCACCCCAUUAGUCAGAUAGUGUAGAGGAGUGAUUACUACCAGAUGAUGCAAUCUAUAUAUCUCAUUACAAUUUACAGGGUCACACUGGUAUAAUACUAAUAAACACGAACACAAGUGUAUGGUUACCCACACUCUACCUAUAGCUUUACUAAGUAUGUGCCUUUAUAUGUAAGCAAUGCUUGCAAUAGAUGUAUGUUUCAGGGGUAAAUUGUCUUGUAUGAAUGGAAUUGGUUCCCAUCAUAUUUUUAUCUGUAAUUCUAUUUUAAACUGAGUGUAAGUUUGGUGGGGAAAGUCUUAUUGUUCAGGUUACAAAACAUGGCUAGCCAAGCUGUUUAGUGUAGAACCUUGUGAUGUGAUUCUAUUGGAAAAUGUUUGUUGACUUCCAACUGCAGCUAGUAGGCCUAUUAAGAAUAAUGGGGCAGAUGUAUUAACCUGGAGAAGGCAUAAGGAAGUGAUAAACCAGUGAUAUGUGCAAGGUGAUAAACACACCAGCCAAUCAGCUCCCAUAUGUAAAUUAACAGUUAGGAGCUGAUUGGCUGGUGCAUUAUCACCUUGCACUUAACACUGCUUUAUCACUGGUUUAUCACUUCCUUAUGCCUUUUCCAGGUUAAUACAUCUACCCCAAUGUUUGGUCAUUUAAACAUUCCAUUAUGGUUUAAGCAUUAAAACUAUUUUAAAAAUAUCUCCUUGCUACAGAGUUUGUAGAGCUACCAGAAAAGACAAGUAAGCAAAUUUACCAAUCCUCCUGUUUUGCUGACUUUCAUUCAUUGUGCAUGUCUCUGGCAAGUAAUAAUGGCACACAGGUAAAUGCACCCAAACAUACAUCUACAAUCAGGGUAAAUGUGAUGACCAGCAAUUUGUAAAAUUACAGAUUUUUAGCAAUAUUUGCAGAGGGAUUUAAAGUGGCUAUGUAUUAACAGACAAACUAAGUAAAUUUUGUCAUUAAAAUUGAAGUUUUAAAACCUGUAGCCGAAAUCUGCGAUUUUGACAAAUCGCCACUCAUUACAAAAUGUAUAUUCUUAAAUGGCCGAACUGUUAACCCUAUAUUCACCAAUAAAUGUGUUCCGUGCUUCUUAGCAAAUCUAAACAAUUACCUCUAAAUGGUAGACUAGUUAGAAGAACCAUCAGCCAGCUCAAUAAAAUCUAAUCGCACAGCCUCCAUAACUUCAGCAUGGUUUGUGUAGUUAAAACACUAGUGUUUGGGCUGAGUCUAGGUAGAAACCCAGCAGUCUGGGAAUGUAUGAGGGCCUAUAAGCUUUUAGCUUGUAAGUGCAUACCUGCUAAACUGUCAGGAAAUGCGUUAGUGUUGCUGACCCUCAUACAGUGAAGUAGUUUUGACUGACAUUAUAAGAUAGACAUUAACAAAGAAUACAGAACAGACUAUAAUAUAAACAUUGGAAGUAGAAGAGAGUAAAAAAGACUGUACAAGUUAUAGACAAAUCAUAACUGUAAUUAGAUAAAAUUGUUGUCAGACAGUAAUUGAACUACACGUCACAGAAAACACCACCAGUGAAGAGAUUCUGGAGACUUACUGUUCAACAGCUGUUAGAAAGGUCCAGGUAAAUGACAUCUUACACAAACUCUCUCUCUCCCUCUCCCCCUCUUCCCUCUCCUUCAAUCAGUGCCUUCUCUAUGAACAUCUGGUUGCACCUUUGUUGCAGGCAAUACUCUGCACACAUUACAAGACAUUCUUAUCCCCCUCAAAUCAUUGCCAGGCCAAAGGGAUUCAAAGCCAAAUCUGAAGCAUCGUUCCCAAUUAAUGAAAGCAAGGAGAGUAAGGUCACAUGAUGUAAGGUAAUAUUAACUGCAGUAGAGAAAUAUACCUUUGUAAAGUGAUUUUCUUUGAAGUCCUAUUAAUUUGGGCUCUUGGCUGCAACAUAACAAACAAUGAUACAAUGAUAAGAAGCAUUAGUUUAGCUUAUACAAUACUAACUAGAUAAUUAUAGUGCUGUUCAACAACACUGGCUGUAGUACAUACUAUAGGCCUGAUUCUGAGCACAAGUAAGUUUGAAUGCAGCCACAUUGUAGCAAACAACUCAUGCAUCAUAGGGAAUAUACACAUCUUUACAUAUCUCCCGGUGAUUCAGUCAGAUGCAUCACAGAUGUUUAAGUUUGGGAAAUUUACAUUUCUGGGUGGAAUGGGUGUACGUAUGGAAUAGAACUGUCUUGUGGGCUUGUGGCCAGAGUUACACCAUAUUCUGUGUCAUGUGUAUGCCAGGGGACACCUAUUUUAGUUGUAUCACAUUGCAGGUGUUACAAAGGGGCACCACAAUGUUUAAUGCUUGGGGGGGCAAAGAUAUUUAAUUUUGGCACCCCUAAUUUGCUGAAUGUCGCCCCCUCAGGGGCAACUGGACUUACCCGCCACAUUGCCUACCUAACAGAGAUAGAUAUGAGGGUGGGGGGUAGCUGUGAGGUGGGUGAGAGAAAGUAUGAAGGGGGAGCUGAGGGAGAAAAGGAGAUGAACAUAGGAAGUACACAGUAAGUGCUGGGUGCAGGGGGGUGGAGGGCCCUGGAGGCAGACAGAGAAGGGCUGUGGAGAGGGAAGAGGUGGAGCAUCUGGAAAGGGGAUUAUCUCCAUCCCACGCUGCUCUCAGCCAGAGGUGUCACCGGGUGUGGUGACACCCAGUUUGCACCUUUAAUAUCCCAGCACACCGGGGGGGCGUGCUCACGGCAAAAGGGGGAGUGGCUGCAAAAAAGGGGUCUGGCCACAUGGGAUCGCCGCUCCGGGGGUGUGCCCAGCAUCUCUGGAGAUGCUGGGCUGUACUGGGCUGCCCCUGGAGACUGUCUCCCAGCGCUGUACGCUCCACUUCUAUGACAGGACCGGGUGCUGUAGCAGACUUUCCCACUUCAGCUGUCACUGCGGAGGAGCCCACAGUUUGGUGUCACCCUUUCCAGGCAUCACACCCGAGUGUGGGCCGCACCCCUGUACCCGCCUUGUGACGCCACUGCUCCCAGUGACCCAGUACGUUGACUGUCGCCUCUCAAAUAUGUGGGGGGUGGAGUCGCCCCAUUGCCUCCCCUGUUCUGACACCUAGCAUGAGGUGCAAGAACCGAUGAAUCCAUUUGUAUUGGAUGUGGCUGCAUUCGGACCUGCAUGCGUCUCAGAAUCAGGACCUAUAUGCCAAUCUGUAUGUGGAAAACCCCAGACACUGUUUCCUAAAAAUUUGAGGUAAUAACAGGAAAUGAUCACUAGAACUUUGUGCAAUAUCUAAUCAGCAUAUUCAUAGCCAAGGAACAUAUAUAAGUGGUUUUAAAAUAUUAUGUUUUAUGUAACUCAUAUUUUGCAUUGUAAAGGUAGAUUGUAAGAAUCCAGGAUUGUCUGAGUAAUACUGUGAUUCAGAAUAUAUUUCAAGUGAGAAUGUUAUCAUAGAAGUCCCAUAAAACAGUAAUAGUGAUUUUAAAAGCUGCUGUAUAUUUAUAUGUAAAUGCAUUGCAGUGCAUCAUCGAUCUGAAUGUACACACCUGCACUGAUGGUGCAGUCUCACCAGCGAAGGGUUAAUUUUGUCUGGUUUCCAUUCUUCCAUGCAUUAGAUUUCCCAGAUAAUGUGAAUAAGGAAUCCUGGUAACAUAAAGGCAGCUUCCACCUAUGCACAUCUGUUCUCUGUCUUUUUGUAAUUUUUUUUUACAUUCAGUAUACACCUUUUUUUUUUAUAAAGAAAAAAAAUAUAUGUAUUUUUAAUUAUGCACUUAUAUGUAAACAAUAUACUGUAUAUAUAUGCUAAAUAAACUAGUGUUUUUGUAUCAA